UGUAUUUGGAGAACAUACGGCUACCGGUACUACUCUAUGUCUGUGUCUGUACGUAUUCACCGUAGCUACGUAUACUUGCUGCAUCAAGAAAGAGCCUGAACAGAUUGCUACUGUGCAUCAUAUUGCUGGUAUUGGUACAAACUGGUCUCUUUCGCUUUCACAAAGACAAUUAACGAAGACCAAGCUAGUGUCAUGGACAAAGAAAUGCAUCGUGAUGACGUCCAUGACGGUCCAGCGUUCAGUCUAACUGGAGCCAUUAUACCAAACUACGUUCCCGUCGAGUUUUCGGUGGAUGAAUGCAGAGCAGCCAGCAUAGUACCGUGUGAACACAAAGGUCUAGUACAAUUUGGACAACCAAAUGGCUAUCCUGCAGUCACCUGGUCGGAUUGGUCCAAAUCUGCAAGUUUAUCUCCUCUUGGAAUUCCUUCGUUCGACGACCAACCUGACUUUAGUACUGAACUCGGUAUAUUGGCUCAGCAUGGAUGGAAGGUGACCCGAAAUAAGGUUUGCAUUCAGGCAGACACUCAGCUGCACUGCGGUACCGAUCUAGAUAAAAGUAAAUGGGGAGACAAUUUCGUUUUCGCUUUCUUUCAAACGCUGGAAUUUUCAUCAACCUGCAUGAGGUACAAGGACUCAAAAAACGAAGACAACACUGUUUCUAUUGCAAAGAAAUACACACCCAACUACUUUCCAAUAUUGGAUGUCAAUACGUUUGAUGGACAAGAAUUUGUGAAUCCUGAGAAAAGAGACUGGGUUCCUUAUUAUUCAGCAGUCUCUAAAGUAGGCCUAGCAGGAAUGGUAAAAAACAUAGAAGAAAGAAGAAACACAAAAGAAGAGCCAGCAACCAAUCAAGCCUUGUCAGCAUUAAUUAGCAUGGGAGACAUGCCAUCUGUUGAUGUACCUCAAUCACUUGAUUAUAAUGGAAGUUGUUUCGCUUCUCCAUUGCUCAAAGAUAAGAAUUUGUGUGAUGCUACAGAUAAGAUUCUUUUUGUUCUCAGUUCAGUUGAACAUCAUGAACGAUAUCGUUCUUGGCUAGCAGUACAUGAUAAAAAUUCAGGAACAGUGUGGCCAUUGACCGUGUUUGAAUGGUACUUUGAUGUCAGCGCACAUGCCCAGGGUGAAAAGCUGGUCUUUGAUGAUGGCACUCCAAAAACACCAACAACGCCCAAAAUAUACACCAUAAAUGAUACUUCUCUUCCUACGUUUCCACAUCAGGUACUAAAGACAAGCAUUGAUGGAAAGUACACUGUUGCCAAUGAUCAAGAUAUGAACAAUUGGGAAAGAGUAUAUUGCAGCUAGCUUAAUUGGACUUGUAUGGCUUCUCCUGUUCAUUAAAAUGGAAUCAGUUUUGUCAGUUUAAAGUUAUUAUAAUUGCUGAUCUUAUUUAUAUAACUACACAA